GGAUCCCAGGAGAUCCCGGGGAUCCGAUCCCGGCCAUGCCCGAGGGAAGCGGCGCCUCCUCCGCGCCCCCACCCCAAAUUUGGGGUCCCCGCUACCCCCCGAGCCUGGAGCCCCUGGGACGCUUUGUGUUGUUCUUGGAAAGUUUGGCACCACUUGUGAAUUCCCUGAACCUUGGCCUUGCCGGCCCCUUUGUGUCGGGCCCUCCUCCUCCUCCUCCUUUUCAGCUUGCCCAAAUUCAGACCCACGUGGCUCUCCGGCGCGGCGGGCGGGCACCUCCCCACGCUGGCGUCCGCCGGGCAUUGCUGAAAGACGCAAUGUUUAACCCCAGAGGAACCUUGCCCCCGAGGCCCAGAGGACCCAACCCGGCGGGCGCCAAAACGCCACCGGCGGCUUUCGGGGCCGCGGGCGCCGCGGGGCCGCCCAGGAAAGCGGCGCCCGCCACGCCCCAAGGAGCGCCCCAAAGAUUCUCGGGGCAGGAGGCGCUGCAGUGGACGGGCUCGCAGAGGAUCAACGUCCGCGUCACGCUGCACAGGGCCGACCCCAGGAAAGUCAAGGAGAAGAGCGGCCUGCACCCGGAGCAGAAGGGAGAUCCGCGCGCCAACCGCUGGGACGGCGGCCCCUGCCCCGCCGGGCCCAAAGCGCCCGGCCCGGUGCCGGUUCUGGAGCAGAAUUCCAACCCGCAGAACCGCUACACGCCCGAGAGCGCCUCCAGCAUUUUAGCGAGUUUCGGGCUGUCCAACGAGGACCUGGAAGAGCUGAGCCGCUAUCCCGACGAUCAGCUGACCCCCGAGAACAUGCCGAGGAUCCUGCGGGAGAUCCGAAUCCGGAAGAUGGGCCACGCCGUGCCCGUCCUGCACGCUGCGAGCCGCGGGGAGGAGCCGGUGGGCGAGAGCGGCGGCGCCGUCAAGGGCAAAGUGAUCGACUACGGCCACGCCAGCAAGUACGGCUACACCGAGGACCCGCUGGAGAUCCGCACCUACAACCCCGAGGCGCUGCCCGAGGAACCGCCGGAAGCGCCCGUCUACAACGCCGACGGCUCGAGCGCGGAGAACCGCGAGGAAUUCCAGCGGGAGCAGAGCGUGCCGGUGGCCGUCCCGCCGCCCAACGUGCCGUGCGGCCCCGCCUUCCCGGCCGAAGAGCUCGUCAAGCUGCCGGCGUUUCCCGGCGAUUCCUCGCCCGCUCCGCCGUUUUUCCCGGCCGAGCCGCCGGCCAAGGUGCCGGUGCUGUGCGGCGCCGCUCCCGCCGCGCUGCCGGCGCCCAAGCCGGCGUCGCAGCCGCCGAUGCCGCCGGUGCUGCCGCCCAUGCUGCCGGCGCUGCUGCCCACGCCGCUGCCGCAGCCCAUGCUGCCGCCGGGGAUGCCGCCGCUGGUCCAGCCGCCCGUGUCCCAGCACGUGUUGCCGCCUUUGACGCCUCCGCCCUUCUCGGCCGGGCUCUUGGCCGCCAUCAGCCAACACGAGCAGAAACAACGCGACACCGGCGCCGCGCACGCCGGGCCCGGCGCCGCCCACGCCGCGUCCUCGGCGGGACACAAACCCUUCCACAAAUCCUUCCAGCUGCCGGCAGAGGAGCCCAUCAAAUCCCCGUUCGGGGUGGUGAAGGCGUCCUGGCUGCCCGUGUUCCCGAAUUCCCAGAAGAACAAACGCCUGCCCACCCCGUCCAUGAUGAACGACUACUAUGCCACGUCGCCGCGAAUAUUCCCACAUUUGUGUUCUCUGUGUAACCUUGAAUGCACUCAUAUGAAGGAUUGGAUCCUGCACCAGAACAACCCCGCCCACCUCGAGAGCUGCCGCAGGCUGCGCCAACAAUAUCCCGAGUGGAAUCCCGAGGCUCACUCCUCCAGCAGGAAUGCCGACCGGAAGGAGAACCGCACUCCCAAGCACCGCUCCAGCUCCUGCAGCCCCGAUCGGCGCCGUUCCCGCGCCGGCAGCUCCGGCUAUUCCCGCUUUUCCGGCGGUUCCUGCUCCGCCCCGCGCCGUUACCGCUCCCGAUCCCGAAGUCCCGGCAGAUUCCGGAGGCCGCGGAGCCGGAGCCCUCGGCACAUCCGGAGGAUCAGCCCCCGGCACCGAUCCCGGUCCCCUCAGCGUUCCCGGAAUCCGCUGAGAUCCAGCCCCAGACCGCGGAGAUCUCCCAGCUCCGAGCGCUCUUCCCGCCGUUCCAGCCGCUCCGAAGAUAGGAAAGCAGCUCUGGAAGCCGUGAUGAAAACUUUGGGACCGGGAUUUUUGGCCGAGUUCAAGAAACACAAAUCCCUGCAAGCGGCGGUUCAGGAAUCGCUGGCAUCGGGAAAAUCCCACGGAAUUCCCAGCAGGAUAAGCGGGAAUGGGAAGAAACAACCUCGGAGCGCCCCCAAAACUUCCAGGAAAGACGGAUCUGCCGGGCCGGGAACGAGCUCCGGCCUGGAAUCCGAAGGGUCCAUCCCGAAAAAAGAGAGGGAAGAGGAGGAGGAUUCGUCCGGAGGGAAAAAUCAUCCGGCUUCCUACAACAGGCUGCUGCGGGAGGAGCUGCUGAGCUGCGGCACCGUGCUGCAGAUCUCGGAUCUUCCCGACGAUGGAUUUUCCGACCAGGACAUCAAGAAACUCGUUCAGCCCUUCGGGAAAGUCAGCGACCUCAUCGUGCUGCGCUCCCGCAACGAGGCCUACCUGGAGAUGAAUUUCAAGGAAGCCGUCAUGGCCGCCGUCAAGUUCGGGGAGACGGCGCCGCUGCUGCUGCACGGGAAACGCGUCCGGCUGAGCGUGGCCGAGAGAGCGCGCGGGGGACAGGUGAAGAAGGUGGUGAAGAAGCGAGUCCUGAAUCCCAAAAAAGCGGCGGCGAGCACCAAGAAAAUUCCGAGCAGCACCAAGAGCCCCAAGGCCCUGCCAG